AUGACGGUCCAGGACCAGGAGGCUUCCGAAGAAGAACAAAUUGCUUUUCAAGACGAGCGCAGGACUGAAUACCGAAUGGACGGAGGACUUCAAGCCUGGUUACAGGUUCUAGGCAGUUGGAUUCUCUUCGCGAAUACCUGGGGUCUAACAAACUCCUUUGGAGUUUUCGAGACAUUCUACACCGAAAACCUACUGGCAACAUCGUCAGCUUCGGCUAUCUCAUGGAUCGGUUCCAUCCAACUUUUCCUCACGAUGCUCGUCGGAGUCUUUGCGGGUUGGUUCCUCGAUGCCGGGUAUCUACAGGCCUUGCUCAUCACUGGUACCUUCCUCGAAGUCUUCGGGAUAUUCAUGACCUCUCUCUGCACUACGUACUGGCAGGUUCUGUUGGCGCAAGGAAUCUGCGUUGGCCUGGGCAGUGGUCUGUUGGGGUUGACUUCUGUGGCUGUGAUUCCGUUGUAUUUCUCGAAGAGAAGGAUGGUUGCCCUAGGAAUCGCAGCUACAGGAAGCAGUCUGGCGGGAAUUAUAUACCCUAUCAUGAUGCGGAGACUCUUUGUGACAUUCACAUUAAUGAUGGCAUCCGUCUAUGUGCCUUUUUUCUAUAUCCAAAAAUACGCCCUGCAACUCAAUAUCGAAGAUGAUAUGGCUUUCUAUCUCUUGAGCAUGAUGAAUGCUACGAGUCUGAUUGGACGCAUUGGACCGAAUUUGCUUGCAGAUUAG